GAUAAUAGAAAUAUAAAUAGAAGAUAAUAUAAAUAAAAAGAAAAGUGUAGUACCCUACUUACCAUCGAGGGUAGAAUCUGCAGACUACGCGAACAAACCUGUAGUCAAAGCCGCGAAGGGGAGGACCUCGAUGGACUUUGGCGACACUUGGAAUUCGGAUGACCGUCGGAGAGCGCGCGAAUUAAUCGGCGAGUGUAAACAAACCUUGGCGAGCGCGAGCCCCUGGUCUCGGAGCGCGUCGCUCGGCUCGGAUCGGCUCGGACCGGCUCGGCAGAAUGGGGAAGGUCGCGAAGACGCGCAGAGGCAACGGCAGCCGCGGCUCCGAGGCCGCCGAGGCCGGCCGGUGCCCCGAUCAACCGAAGCCCAAGAAGAAGAAACGCAAGAAGGACCUCGAGGAACUCCGACGGAACGCCCUGGAAGCUCGACGGAAAUUACGGAAACGAGCGGCCCCGUUGAAGUCUCGAAAAAGCGGAUUCACCAAAGCCUUGAGCAAGUUCGCUGAUCAACGCCAAGAGAACGAGGAAAAGACUCAGGGAAAGACAAGAGGGAAGAGAGUAACGAAGAAAUCAAUAUGCAGGAAGCUCCUUCCGGAACCGACUGCGAAGCAUUUGGUUGGCAUUUACGAAAGGGGUGCUAUGGGUGACGAGAUUCGACUGCAGACUACAAUAUUGAGCCAGUCGAAUAAGGCACGCCUUAACGAUGACAUCUUGAAGCUCAUCAGUAAAGCUGAUUCCGAGGACAAGAAGUCCGUGGACGAUGUCUUCGAUGGAAAGAAGUCUUCCGAGGAGUGCGACCAAGUCGAUGACCCACCACCCAGAUUUCCGAUUAACAAAGUCAGUCCUGUCUUCGGCCAAGCGAUCAAUAAUUGGAAAAGUAUCGCAGUUGAUAAGAAACGGCAAUCGGAGAGUCCAUUAGCGUCGGAUGUUCAGAAAAAGUUGCGGGAAACUAUCCUACCGAAAUCAAAUGCGCGUGUCGAUGUCCCGAAGGAAAACAAAUGCAGAAGAAAACUCUUCGACGAUGAUGGAGAUAAGUUUCCAUCGUUGGAUUCAUCCGCUGUUGACGAAAUUCGAUUCUCCCCUGGUGUCUCUUCCGGGAGCGCGCUUGACACUAUCACAGAGGAAUCGCCGAAUAAUAGUACACACCUGGAAGAGCAAGAUGAUGAGAAAAAAAGAGGCCCAGAGUUCCAAAACAUCGGAUGGGCGCCUACGGUUCGAUACGAAGAUCUCUGUGCUACAAUUUGCAAGGAGAACUUCGAGGACUGCCGCUAUGACUUCCCACAUUCAGAUCCGGUAAACAAUGCCAAACGUGCCCUUCUAGGAGUUUAUGCCGACUCCUAUCGACACAAUUUGCUGUGCAAAAAGUCCAGAACUGCGGCGAGGAACAUUCAAGAGAAACCUUACGGAAGGUACGAAUCAUCAGAUUGCGAGGAGGUCGACUUUGAGGUUCAAGCUUGCACUCGUGGGAUCACCGACGAACUUGAUGAUGUCUGCACCUUGACGAGCUCCAUGCUUCACACCACGGAUGCAAAACGCUCGCCUGCCGGGAAAGCGAAGGAAAACGAUUUGAUGUCCUCGUUACGGGUGAACAUCGACGAGGAACACACAUUUGGUGAGAAGGCGUCGACGACUAGCGCCGAUGUCGAGGAAGUCACUGAUAGGCGAAAGCGAAAGAGGACGAGCAAGAACAAAUUCAACAAAUGUGCCUUUGUAUACGAUGGCUCGUGCGAAGGAUCACCAGGAGUCGGGAGGAGCUUGGAGAACCUCGAGGCUGCCAGAGAUGGUCAUCUUUCCAUGGAGCUUGAUCCUCUAACUCUGCGGUUCCUGGACGACGUGAAGAAGAAGAUGGACGACAACGAGAGGAAGUCGGUAUUUCCUAAAGAGGUCUUGCCCUCUCCACCUCCGGAGAGAAACCCGACAAAGCGUUACUUGGGGGACCCCCUGCGCAGACAUCUGGUGAACCAUCAGGUACCGAGCAGCAGUCGCGCUAAUGAGAAAGCGGAGCUUUUCAUCGAAGAGGCCAGCUUGGAUAUGCACCGGCGACGCCGAAUGCCGAAGAGCUUAGCUAUGAAGUCCUCUAAAAGGCACCUCCCUGCGAUACUUCGGCGAAGCGGGAACCGGGGAUUCUCCAGAAAGGCGGCUGUCUCUGACCCGGUUGAACAUUUCUUUAACGAUGAACUGGAACACUCGGCCGCGUCCGUCAACGUCAACGAGGUGCGCGACGUUGAUGUCGAACGGAAUCAGAUAACAAAGGAACGGGAAACUUCCUCGGUGAACCUGCAGACACCGAGCGUCAUAAACGAGAUAUUUAGACGCAACAAUCCUGCCCUGAAGUCCAAGGUACACUUCAUGAAGGCGAAAUACAGAGUUAACACCAGGAGCGCCCACAACAGCGCCAAUGCGCUGGAACUAAUUAAGAAGAUCCGCAGCGAUCCAACCUCCGGUUUCCUCAACUUGCUAAAUAGCCCAUCCUCCAGGAAUCGUUUCUCCAACUCUUCGGAAAUUGAAGACAUAAGAUUGAACAAUUUCCAGAACGACUCGAGGAACCUAUUCAGUAGGAACAAUUCGAACCGACAAAAUCAUUCGAGUAGAACUUCCUAUGAAUCCGGAGAAUCGUCCGAUCGAAGAAGCUCCAAAGAAAAUUUUUCCAUUGAUUUUGGAAACGUCACCAAUACGACACAUCAUAACGAACUAUACAAACUGUUGACUAGAGAUAAAGACAAACACCAGGAUCGGGAAUCAUCACGACAGCCGAAAGAACCUGCAGCGCACGUCAGGUUUCAGGAUCAUGCCCCACAAAAUCGCCCAAAGAACCCACGGAGAUCUACAAUGAAUUACGUGCAUCAACAGACCUUCCAAACUUCGCCUAUUGAAAAUAUCCCAACCCCACAAAUAGUACGAGACGCUGACUUGUCUAGGGAAAAUGUGCUAAUCCCAAAUGGAGUGCACAAGAGCUAUCAACGUGUUCCGGAGUCCAAGCCCUCUAGUAUCUCAAAUUUUCUGGAAAAUGAGACUAAAGUCGAUUUAGUUAGCGCCAAAAAGCCGCAGGUCCACGUGGUAACCUUCGAACCGAAGCAGGACGGACAUCUUCAAGCUACCCGAAACCCAACCUAUCAGCAGCAACAUAAUCAGCACCAACCCCAAAACAAUCAUCAAGUGCAACCCAAUCUAAACCAUCAGAAUUUCAUCCAAUCUCAUAGUUCUUAUAUGCCCCAACAUUAUAGAAACACGUGCUUGCAGCCACCUCACAGUUCCCACCAAAAAGGGCCUUCAGGACACAAUGCUACCGUGAAGGUGGAGGAGGAACAGAAUGUGCGCAGGUAUCCGGUCUACAUAAGUGCUGGUGGUCGACAUGGAGUAGGGCAAAAUGUACAAACUAGGCGGAUGAAUGUGGAUGAACAUCAGGGUCCUAGUCACGGUCAUGAACAACGUCAUAUGUUCGUCCAAGCUUCCCAACCCAAGGUAAUCUUCGUGUCUAAUCAUGUAGCGCAAUAUGAUGGCAGAAUUAUUCAUAAGGAAGACCUCCAGGUACACAAGCAAUUCGUGAACGUUACCGACAUGCGUCAUGAAGGUGCGAAUGUCUCGGGAAUCGCGUUCCAGACUUGCCAGGGGUCAACCUCUCAUUAUGGCCAGGCAACAUCAGCGAUAUACGAGAACGAAGUUCAUCAGGAACGGAACCUACCAGCUGGUGGUCAGUUUAUUCCUCAAAAUAGUGGUCAAAACCUUCGGUAUACGGAGAACUUCUGCCAAGGUGUCCCUAAUGAGGUAACCAACGCUGGAGGGAAGUCUGCGAUGUUCCACGAAGGACCUCCAGGGAGGAAAUUAGCUGAUGAUGUGACCCAAUGGGUCAAGCAAAAUUGUACCGUGGUACCGAAAGAGUUCCCCUUUGGGAGUGACGGGAAUUGCUCGAGAACUGCUCAGGACUUGGGGAAUCAAUCACAAGGGCGAAUGCAAUAUGUUGAAAGUAUGCCUGACCAGGGUAACGCUUUCCCUAUGAAGAUUCAACUCGCUGAUGGGCGCGUGGGUAUCUUUAUACCCAAAGGAUGCGCCAUUCAAAAUGUUGCUCAGCAGCAAGCCUCGGAGAGUAAGUGCAACGUGAUCAUCCCCGAGAAUGGUAGCACGGAGAAAUUCGGAUUCAGUGUCCCGUAUCCACAGGCUGGAUGCAAUUGGAAUCAGAUGUACAACGGAGCUGACACGUAUCAGUAACAACAUUCUCGGUAUAUUAUCCCCAAUGGCUAAUAUUCGCCUAAUAUUUAAGCGCGAAUUAUGUAUCAUAAGUUAAUAGUCGCUUGGAAUCAUGCAAAUGUAAUAUUCGUAUUAGGAAUCGCACUUUCGUAGUAAUAAGGAAAGGCCGGCGGAGGACGCCUGCGAAGUAUAUAAUUUAUUUCUUAAAAUUUAUUUCGUUACACAUUUGUAAGAGAUUAAUUUGUCAUUAUACAUUUCUGUAGAGUACCGAAAACCUCGGUAAGAUACGGGAGUAUAUUAUUAGUGAAAUCGAAAUUCUAAUAAAAUAAUUCUGUUGAACGAAA